AAGAGGGUGCCAACAUGACACUUGGCGGAUUCCGUUAAACCUGUUGGAGAGGAGAGGAGAGUAAAACGGGGCGGGGGUGUUGAAAAUCCAAGUACAUAAUCUUAUCUACACAUCCGCAAGUGCAAACAUGUUACGCUGCCGUACUGCUUGACCUUAGAUUCCUUGCACCAACUACCAACAAUAACCAUACCAUUCUGAUUCUGAAGAAACAAUGGACGCUAAUUCCUCCUCCAUGUACAUACAACCUCAUUUCUUGUCCAAUCCGGACAAACCCUUUUCAAACACUACCCACUUUAAGCCGCUACCUUCAUCCCUUAAUCAUCACUUUGCACUUAAAUUUCAGCAACACAGGAUGGCACACAAGAUGCUCGACCAAAUGCCUGACUCAAAACAAAGCUUUGCCUGGAACUCUUUGAUUCAGACCCAUCUUCGCAAUGGCCAGUUUGAUCGCGCUGUGACAACUUAUCAGGAAAUGUUAGUCAGAGGUGUUAGGCCUGAUAAGCACACUCUUCCUCGAAUUUUAUCGGUUUCGAGGCUUCUUGGCAGCUUAAGAUUAGGCAAACAGCUACAUGGGCAGGCCAUCAAGUACGACUUAGCUUCAUGCCAUUAUGUACAUUCUGCUCUCAUUGAAUUAUAUGGACGACUUGAUUGUGCUGAAGCUGCUAAAUGGGUGUUUGAUAAAUCUCCUGUUGCCAAAAGCUCGGUGUCUUGGACUCUAUUAGCUAAGUUUUAUGUAAAGGAAGGUAGACCCGACUUGGCUGUUGAGUUGUUUAAUGAAAUGGUGAGGUCUGAUGCUAAAAUUGAUUCUUUGUCCCUGGCAACUGUUAUCGGUGCCUGUGGUCUAUUGAAGUCGCUGCAAGAGGGUCGGAAUGUUCAUCGAAUUGCUAAAAGUUGUGGACUGGAGUUUGAUGUUCUGGUAAGCAAUUCACUUUUAAAGAUGUAUAUUGACUGUGGGAGUAUUCGUGAAGCUUGCUUGAUUUUUGAUCAGAUGAAAUCAAGGGAUAAAAUUUCAUGGACUGCCAUGAUUAGUGGUUAUGUGCAGAAGGGAGAGUUCAACGAAGGUUUGAAAUUGUUUAGGCAAAUGAUUUCUGAAUACUUGAAACCUGAUGCGGUCGCUAUCUCAAGUGUUCUUCCAGCUUGUGGAAGAAUGCCAGCAUAUAAGAAUGGAAAGGAAAUUCAUGGUUACUUGCUGAGGACUGGGAUUGACAUGAAUCUCAGAGUGCAGAAUGCUCUUACAGAUAUGUAUGUGAAAUCAGGACACAUUAAUUAUGCUUCAGAAAUAUAUUCACGGAUGAGUGAGAAGGAUAAUAUUUCGUGGACUGUGAUGAUACUGGGAUUAGGUUUACACGGAAAAGGAGAACUUGGAGUUAACUUGUUCCAGGAGAUAGUGAAAAGCUCAACCAAAGAAAUUGACUGGAUUACACAUACUGCUGUUCUCUAUGCUUGUUGUACUGCCAUUAUGGUUGAAGAGGGUAAAUCUGUCUUCAAAUGCAUAAGGUCACCAAAGGUAGCCACCUGUGCUUUAAUGGUUGCUCUUCUUGCUCGGGCUGGAUUAUUUGACGAAGCAAGGAGUUUUAUCGAGAGGAAACAGAUUGCACGACAGGCAGAGGUGCUGAGAGCAUUAUUAGAUGGGUGCAGGGUCAACCGAAAUAUAACUGUAGGAAAGCGAGUCAUUGAGCAGCUUUGUGAUUUGGAACCUCUUAAUGCAGAUAACUAUGUGUUGCUGUCUAAUUUGUAUGCUUAUGUUGGGAAACAGGAUAUGGUUGAAAAACUAAAAGAAACAAUCAGAGACAUGGGCUUGACUACAAAGAAAGCUUACAGCUGGAUAGAAUUUAGGAACAAAGUUCAUGUAUUUGGAACAGGGGAUGUAACUCACCCAAGGUCAGAGAAAAUAUAUUGGGAACUCAAGUGUUUGAUGAACAAAAUAGAAGGCGGCAUUAUGUCCGAUGUUGAUUUCAGCUUGCAUGAUGCCGACGAGGAGAGGGAAUGUAUUCCUAUUGGACACAGUGAAUUGCUGGCAAUGUCUUUCGGACUGAUCAGUACACAAGCCGGUGAAACAAUUCGUGUGACAAAAAAUCUUCGUGUUUGUCGCAAUUGUCAUCAGUUUGCAAAGGUCACCUCCAAACUUUUAGGCAGAGAGAUCAUAAUAAAGGACAGUAGCUAUUUUCACCAUUUUAAAGAUGGAUCCUGCUCUUGCCGCGAUUUCUAGCUAUCAAUUUGUACAUAAUUUUUCAAUUGGGUUCUGCAAUGUGUAGGUCUUGACUGCACCCAGUUCUGGAAAAUGUUUAAGACCAAGAAACAGGCUAUUACCCUUCGCCUUCCAGACAACUUACAGCUCGAAGAAUAGUUAAAUUACCUGUUUUCCAACAUUUUUCAUACAGCAAUACAUCAAAUACUGCAGCACAAUUUCUAUCCA